AGAAAAUGCAAAUUACAAGAGAUCAAGCGAUUUGUAUGCUUUUCUACGUCGAAUAUACCGACGAAAACCUUCGUAAAUACAAGGAGAGGCUCGAUGAACUGAAGGAAUUCGAACUCUGCUAUAAUGUGGAUCCCAAGGAACCGAUCCUGGUCUCUAAAUUGAGAGUUUAUGGCAAUCCUCUUAUAUACAGAAAAUAUAUCGAGAGCAUUGAUGAUGUUUUGCCUCCCGAAUUGAAAAAAAGAACAUUUUUGCUGCAAACGGAAGCACAAGUUAUUCAAUACAUUAACGAGGUGUACAAAGCUGAAGACCCGAGCAACCCGGCAUAUGCGCUUGAAAGUCUUGCGACUAAAGACAUUUUUCUGAAUAUGUGCGAACACACUGGCAUAUUCGAUGACAAGUCACUUACCACAUUUACCAGAUGGUGCAGCAUCAACCGAUUGGAGUUCCUGAACGUCACAGAGGAACGUAAAAGAAAUGUGCGGUUCAGAGAUUUAUAUGUGCUGAAUCAUCUUUACCAAGACAGCCUUGUGGCAGCCAUAGUCCAAUAUCUGUCUAAUUAUCAAAAUUCAUUAAGACACUUGAAAUCUGAAGGCUUCGAAAUUGUGGGAUACGCAAGGAAGUCUCCAAACGAUGAUGAUCCAGACAGGAGAGCAAGGUUGCUCCAAUCCAUGAUCACGAAUCUCAGAACCCGAUCACUUUGCACCAGGAUAUAUGUCUCAUCAUCAUCUCGUGCCUCGGACCCGUUCCACGAAAGGGAUUUGAAUCCCAAUAUGGAAGUGUAUGAAAAGCUCCAUAACAUCAAUGGAAACACGCAAGAUAUGCUUCAAUAUUUUCAGGCUUCUGAGAGCAAACUUUGUUUGGUUUCAAUCGAUUUUACGGGUCUUAGCUCAAAAAGCCAUCACAUCAAGAAACUGCUCGAAGAAAACUCAAGCAUUGCCAUGAUUGCGGUUGAAUUGUUCAAUAAUGGCAAUACGUGUUACUUACUUGAAGCAAAUAGAUUAGUUUCCAAUAACGAACUGUUGGCGAAAUUUGAUUGCCGACCAAAGCUCAUUCAACGGUCAUUGUGA